CUCAUGAAACAUCACGGGUGUGGAAACACCUUCAACACGUCCACACUCAUCCACACUCACACACACGAGAGGAAGAGAGGAAGAGAGAGAGAGAGAGGGAGAAAGGGGGCGGUGAAUCGUUUGCCACCCGAAUAUUUUCUUUCUUUACGUCCUCUUCUCUCUCUGAAUCUCUAGUUUUCCUCCAAACAUGGCUGCGCUCUCAGCCUGGUUCUGGAACGAGCGCUUCUGGCUUCCGCACAAUGUCACUUGGGCGGAUCUGGCCGACCCAGCUCCCGGGGUGGAGUACCCUAAAGCCGGCCACUUGCUCUCCGCGCUGCCGCUGGCCUUGGGGAUCUUCGCGGUGCGGAUCGUCUUCGAGAGGUAUAUCGCGGGUCCAUGUGCCUCCAUCCUUCAGAUCCAGACGGAGUUGAGUCGGAGAGCUCAGCCCAACGCCGUCCUGGAGAAAGUGUUUACAUCCAUCACAAAGUCCCCAGACUCGAGGCACUUAGAGGGUCUGUCUAAGCAGCUGGACUGGGAUGUGCGGAAGGUCCAGCGAUGGUUUCGGCACCGGCGGAACCAGGACAAACCCAGCACAAGAACCAAGUUUUGCGAGAGCAUGUGGAGGUUUACAUUCUAUCUGUGUAUAUAUAUAUAUGGGAUCCGUUUCCUGUGGCAGUCUCCCUGGAUGUGGGAUACGAGACACUGCUGGUAUAAUUACCCUUAUCAGGUGCUGACCUCAGGCCUGUAUUAUUAUUAUAUAUCAGAACUGGCCUUCUACUGGUCGCUCAUGUUCUCACAGUUCACAGACAUCAAAAGAAAGGAUUUCCUCAUCAUGUUCAUUCAUCAUCUGGCGACCAUCAGCCUGAUCAGUUUCUCGUAUGUAAAUAACAUGUUGCGUGUGGGGAGUUUGGUCAUGUGCGUUCACGACACAUCGGACUUCCUGCUGGAGGCCGCAAAGUUAGCAAACUAUGCCAAAUACCAGCGUUUAUGUGACUUCUUGUUUGUGGUGUUCAGUAUGAUCUUCUUCGGGACGAGAUUGAUCAUUUUCCCAUUCUGGAUUCUGAACACGACGCUCUUCGAGAGCUGGGAGAUCAUCGGGCCGUACCCGUCCUGGUGGCUCUUCAACUCUCUGCUGCUGGUGCUGCAGGUGCUGCACAUCCUCUGGUCCUACCUCAUCGCCCGCAUAGCCUACAAAGCCAUCAUGAGAGGAAAGGUGUCCAAAGACGACCGCAGCGACAUCGAAAGCAGCUCGGAGGAAGAAACCGAAACAACACCCAAAGAGCGACUCAAGGCGGCUUCAUCCCGAGGAGAAAAUGGCACUAACGGCCAUUUUGGCUCCAAACCCUGGAGCCAGAACCACAACAACUGGUGACGCUCCCUCCGCGCGGCCUUGCGCACAAAGAACUCAUGUCCCAGAAAUAUCGUGACGGGACUAUUCCUCAUCCCUGUACCUCACACCAACACCAAAACACCAACAAAAUCGCCCCGUUGUGGGACUUUUUAGACUCAAUGACAGAUUUUGGGGCAUCAUUCCGGUGAUGAUGGGACAGUAAUGACAUUAUGGCCACUACGAGAAGCUUGUGAAAGAGAAAAACGAUUAAAUUAGUGAUAUUUGCAUUCCAUCGUUUCCUUGUCUUGGGAGCUGAGAAGACGUUUCUUUUCAACGCUUCGUUUUACUGAAGUCAUGAAAGAAGAUUCUCUUCAGAUUUUAAUGGUCAGAUGUACUUGAGUUUCCAUAUACAGUUGCUUUUCUUUUUGUGUUCAUUGUUUGUUUUGGUAACUGAUGUGUUUGUAAUUUGUUUCCUGUGCUGUUUUUCAUUUUGCUUUUUUAUGUUUGGAAACCAAAUAAGGUUAUUAAAAUGAAAGCUGGGCCUUUA